AAACGCGAUUUCAGUCAUCGCUUAGUCGCUCGCGCCUCGACAUCGCAUCGGGCGGCGGGUUUUUCCUCCUCCUCCUCAGGCCUCUUUGCACCUCGAUCCCGCGCCGCGACAAAUCUGUAGGCCCGCAUUUCUCGUCUAUAUAAAUUAAUGUCACAAAUGUAUAUGUAAAAUAAGUGUUAAUAAUAUUUUCAACGCACUGCAAGAGCGACGACGUAUAGCGCGAAAGCAGCGAUCUUGUUUUUUCGCACCCAACGAGGCGGCACCGUAUAACGCGCAUUCGUGCGCGAGCUUGUGAGUGCGUGAGUGCGUGUGUGUGGUGGCCCUCGGGGCACAAUAAUUGUGCUAUUAUCAGGUGGUGAAUUGUGAAAGAUAUAUACGCACGACUCUGCGAAAAUGAGAGUGACGAGUAGUCGGAUCAAAUCAAUAAGGCCAUCGUCGCUAAUGUGGCCGGCACGAUUUUUGUUGAUCGUUUCGCUGUUGUCUUGUUCGGCCAGUGCCUUUUAUAUCGAACAGGAGCUUUAUGAGCCUGGUCUUUCAGCGGGUUCGGAGUGUCGCAUGGAGGACUCGAGCUGGGGCGUGUGCACCCCCCUGCCCGAGUGUCCCUACCGCAUCAAGGAGGUGCUGGCGGGUCAGCGCUCGGCCACGACCACGAGGGGCAGAUGCUCCUUCGAACAUACCACCGAGAUCGUGUGUUGUCCACUGUGGGAUGUGACGUCGAGUUCGAAGCAAACGACGACCACGACCACGACCACGACAACGACGACGACUACGCAAGCUCCUUUUACGAAUUACGUGCGACCCGCUGAAGAAGCUUGUCAGGAAUACGAUAACGAAAUAUCGGGCAAAAAUACGGAAAAAGUUACUACGAACAUAAUUGGAGGCGAGGACGUGAAACAGGGCGAGUUUCCUUUCGCAGUGGCGCUCGGUUUCUGGGGCACCGGUCUGGACGCCAAGAAGGUUGUGUACGAUUGCGGCGGUACCCUGAUCACGCUCAGACACGUGCUGACCGCGGCCCACUGCAUCAACAACAUGGACGAGCGCAAACCCUUCGAGGUGCGAAUCGGUAGCGUCGAUCUGAACGACAGGAACGCGUACACGCAGCACAUCGGGAUCGUCGAGUGGAUAUCGCAUCCGGACUACAGGCGCAACUCCGCCUACAACGACAUCGCCUUGCUGAGGCUGCGUCGGGCCGUCGACACCAGCAAGACCGUCCAGCCCGUUUGCUUGAACUACCUGCCGCUCAACAAUCUCGCGUCUUACGCCAACUCCUCGCUCAUCGCCACGGGCUGGGGCAACAUCGACAUCGACGGCGAGAGAGGCAGCAACCUGAAGAAAACCCAUAACCUGUCAUUCGUCAAUCGCAACGACUGCAACCAGUACUACAAGAGCUGGUCGUCGAAGCUUCGUCAAGGCGUCGACGAAAACACCCAACUCUGCGUGAUCGACCGGUCCCUGACGCAACGCUCGGACUCGUGCCAGGGCGACAGCGGUGGCCCACUGAUAUUCAUCACCAAGCCCGGGGCCGCCAACAGCGUGAUCGGGGUCACGUCCACCGGCCAGAGCUGCGGCAGCUCCGUACCCUCGAUCUACACGUCGGUCUACCCUUACCUGGACUGGAUCGAGAGCAUCGCUUGGCCCAGGGAGUACGCGGCCUGGCAAAGCCGGCUCGGAGCCUGAUCGCGUUCGUAACGUCGUUCGGCGGCGGCACGCGUGUAUAUAACGAUAAUAAUAAUAAUAAAAUAUUAUUUUUAAUUCGACUUUUAUUCUCUCGGAGUCUUUUUUUUUUCGCGUGCGAGCGAAUUAAGCAAGCGUUUUUUAACGCGUGUUACGACAACGAUCACGACCAGCGAUAUAUAAUAACAAAAAGACUGCACGCAAGCUUAUACUCUCACUUCUUUCUCGAGAAACGUAGCCACAUCCAAGGACUCGAAGCGUACGUGUAAUGGUCUGACCGAUUAUUACUAUUACGUGCGAAGGUUUUCUUCGAUUUUUCGAGAUCGAAAUUGAUUAAUGAUGCAAACAUUACUUUUGUCAUUUAUUUUUAUUUUUUGUAUUUUUUUUUUCGGCGGCCCGCCGCGGUUACAUAUUAUAAAUAGCAUAAUUCAAUCCUGUACAUCUUGUGAAUCUAUAGGUAUAUUAAAAAACAAAUUUUGCAACGAGA